CGUGCGAACAAUGGCAGCAAGCGCGGGAAUAAAUUGGGCUGGCAAGAGUUGCGGCCGUGAUCACGAGUGCGGCUGCACGAGAUAAGCCACGGAGGCGCCUGCGUCCUGAAAGAGCGUUCCUCUUAGGCCUCCGGACCACCACUAACUGGUCUUCAGGACUGUCAGUCAUGCUGUAUCCACGCUUGCUUUCGUUCUUCAUUAGCCUCUCCACAGCGUACUGCUAUUCUAUCCUGCACGUCCGCCCCUUGCCCGACGGCCACAUUGCUCGCGCCGCCGUCCUCCACAGCAGUGGAAAUGCGAGUCGUCACGUCUUCAAGAGACAAGUCUCAACACCCUCACCAGUGGCUGUCAGCAAAAACAUUUCCAUGAUUUUAGAAAACCUGUUGAAAAACUAUGAAAGUAGCCAGCUUCCAGCACGCAAGAAAGGCGAGCCAAUGAUAGUCAAAACCAACAUUCUGAUUCGCAGCAUGGGACCCGUCUCGGAAUUGGACAUGGAGUAUUCGAUGGACUGCUACUUUCGGCAAUAUUGGACGGAUCCGCGGCUCAGCUUUCAGGGACCCAUUUCCAGUCUCAGCCUCAACUUUAAGAUGCUGGAGCGCAUUUGGCGACCCGACACCUACUUCUACAAUGGCAAGAACUCGUACGUGCACACGAUUACGGUGCCCAACAAGUUGCUGCGGCUUUCGCAGAAUGGCGAUAUUCUUUACUCAAUGAGGUUGACUGUGAAGGCAAAGUGUCCUAUGGAGCUGCGAAAUUUCCCCAUGGAUCGUCAGUCAUGCCCUCUGAUCUUGGGAAGCUACGCAUACACCAGCAAGCAGCUCCGAUAUCAAUGGGAGUCGGGAGCCAGCGUCAACUUCGAGCCAGGAAUGACUCUUUCCCAGUUUGAUUUAAUGGGCAGUCCACAAAGAAAUUCUACGUACCGUCGACGAGAAGGUGAAUUCAGCGUGCUUCAAGUCAAUUUCAAUUUGCAGCGGCACACAGGCUAUUUUCUGAUCCAGGUUUAUGUGCCCUGCAUUUUAAUUGUGGUGCUCAGUUGGGUUUCCUUCUGGAUUCACAGAGAAGCCACUAGCGACCGAGUCGGUUUAGGAAUCACGACUGUGUUGACGCUGUCGACCAUCAGCCUGGACAGCCGCAAAGACUUGCCAAAGGUCAAAUACGCCACUGCGCUGGACUGGUUUUUACUGAUGAGCUUUUUCUACUGCAUCGCCACACUACUGGAAUUCGCGGGCGUCCAUUAUUUUACUAAGGUUGGCUAUGGAGAAAUUCCAGUAGACGAGGAAGAGUGGGACGAUCUGGAAGGCCCGAAAUUUGACGAGUCGGUUAUUGUGAUGAGCUCAGUCGCAUCCGUCGGCUUGAUCGAGCAGAGACGUCGUGGAUCUCUCAUUUGCCCAAUUUAUAAGGACGGGCCCCUGCAAAGCGAAACUCCGAAAAAGGGCACAAUGGAGCGGCACACUCAAACCGAGCGUCGUAUCCCCGGAUGGAAGCAAAUAUUUUUCUGCCUGACAGGCAACGACAAAUUCCGGCGAAUGAGGCAAAGAGCAGCAGGACAGCAGCAAGGGCCUGGAGCGAUGAACAGCGUCUCUCGAAUCGACAAGUUGGCUCGCAUUUUAUUUCCCGCGUCGUUCUUCAUCCUCAAUUUCUUGUACUGGCUUGGUUACGUGGCGCUUGCAGACGAAUUCAAAUGGCGACAGCCUCCGCCGUCCAUAAUAAUGGCAAAAUAAUGUAAUCCAUGAAUAUAGAGCAUAUCGCGCCGUCAAUUUUUUAUUUUUUCCCCCGCAUCGCCCACUUGUUGCUUAAAGUGGGAAUAUGUCUGCUUCGAUAGGAGAAUAUGAAAUAAAGAGUCUAGCGUU